AUAUACUGAGCAUUCACACACAACUAACUGAUUUACCACGGUAUACACACAGCAACCGGGACACCAGUUACAGACACCUUCUACCGGCUCGUCCGGACGCUCCUCUUCUCCAGUGCAAAUGCCGCACGCAACGCUGCCCCAACCCGGCUUCCAGGCCCUCAUCCUCUGCGGGCCUGGCGCAUCCUUCACCACAUUUACCUCAAAUCCGCGAGAUAUUCCCAAGGCGCUGCUACCUAUUGCAAACCGCCCAAUGGUCUGGUAUCCGCUCGAUUGGUGCUAUCGUAUGGGUCUUACUGACAUCACCAUUGUGACUCCGCCGGAGUCUCUCGAGGCCAUCGAAGCUGCAAUGUCUCAAAACCCACAUUUGACAUCACUACCCGCGCCACGAUCCGCUAUCCUUGCACCCGAAGGCCUUACUCAUGCUUCAGGCACUGGCGAUCUGUUUCGGCUGCCCGAGGUACAGUGUGCUGUGAAAGGCGACUUCAUUGUUCUUCCUUGCGACCUGGUUUGUGAACUGGACGGUACAUCGCUACUAGACGCGUGGAUGGUGGAAGAGGCCGGCUUGGGUGCCGCUACUAGCGGGCUCGGAAAGAAUGGGGAGCCCCUGCCAAUGGGCGUCGGAGGAGAGAAGAUCGGAAGGCGAGGGGGGCUAGGCGUGUGGUAUCAGACUAAAGGCGAGGACAGUAUCAGAGGCCAAGAGACGGACUUCAUUGCCACGGCGCCGCUCCCUAGCCCGGUUGUACCACCUCCGUCCGACUCCCUUCGCCGUCACCUGUCCAAUCUGGUGUACACAGCGCCUACAGACACCCUGAACGAUAUCACUGAGGAGAAGAAGGCUUUCCCCGUCCGCCACUCGCUUGUUCGCAGGCAUCCCCGUGUCCGAAUGUUAACCACUUACCGCGACGCACAUGUUUACCUAUUCCCUUAUUGGGUCAUGGAAAUGAUAAAACGGAAUGAGGCCUUUGAAAGUAUCGCAGAGGACGUUUUGGGGUGGUGGGCAAAAGCAGGAUGGCAGGAUGGCCUGGGCGAGAAGCUCGGUCUACGCGAGAUAUUUGAGCCGCCAAGUCAAUCAGACGGCGAUUUAGAAGCUUCACAGUUGCUCAGCAAUGAGGAGAUUGACGUUUCAAAACUCAGCAGCACAUGGGCAAUGUUACCGGAAGAAAGCGAAACUGCCUCAGCAGAUCUAGCCUCACGUGUCCAAAACGCAGGGAUUGCCAGGGGCCUCAAAUCUCUCUCGCUCAAAAAGACGCCGACGAUUCCCCCCAUGCUGGCCUACGUACAGCCUUCGGAUCCCGCUGUUCCGCUUAUCCGGAGAGUCGACACUUCCCAGUUGUUGCUGAAGGUGUCCUUGAGGUUGGCAAGACUCCCGUCAAUAGAAGAAGUAGGCAAAGACAACGCAUCGCCGUUCGCGCAUCAGGCGAAGAUUGCUCACAAAAAUGCAAUCCCAAAACGGUGUCGCGUCGAAGCCGAAAACUCAUUGCUCGCAGAGAACGUUAUAGUUGAGGAGAAAUGCAACAUCAAAGAAUCCGUCAUUGGCCCCAAUUGUAAGGUGGGUGAGGGCGCCCGCCUGCUGCGUUGCUUGUUGAUGGAUGGCGUGGAGGUUGGACCAAAUGCUCAACUCACAGACUGCAUUCUCGGCCGUCGAUGCAAAAUAGAAGGCGGUGCAGCUAAAGGUGAAGAGAAGACGGUGCUGAAGGACUGCGAAGUCCAGGAUGGCCAAGUAGUCGAAUGGGGAACUGAGGCGAAGAAUGAGAAGAUAAUGCGAUUCGACAUCGGCAGCGACGAAGGUGAGGAUGACGAAGGCAUGUCACUCGAGGCCUCUCACGAUGGAGAUGACGAGGAUGCGGGCAUCCUGCUUUGACGUAGCGUUCGUUAGAAGCGCAUCGCGUGUUCUGCAACGCAUCCAUUGCGGGAGACUUCGGAAUACCAGCGGUGGUGAGGAAGAAUGGUAACCCUAGAACGACGGUCGACCUACGUAAAUAUAAGGAUGCCAGCUGUCUAUCUAGUCUAGCUAGUAUUCUCUAUAUUAACGUGCAGCCCUUAGUCGCUGCCUAAUAUGUUAGC